CCUCGGCCAGGACUUACCACCUGUCCUUCCAGCACCAUGACACCCGUGUCACCUGUCCAGCUCCUGCUGGUGCUCAGCCUAGCACCCCAUCUGGUGUCUGGAAGUCCCAAGCAAUACUUUCUGAAGUAUAUCUUGGAACCUCCACCCUGCAGAUCCGAACCUGAAGACUGCAACACCUUCUGUACGCAGCAGGAGGAAUGUCCAGAAAAUCUCCAGUGCUGCUCUGCCUACUGUGGGAUAGUCUGCUCCUCAAACAAAGCCCCACUGCCAAACACGUAA